GGCUCCGGUGUGCGAUCGGCGGCUCGCCCUGGACGCGCAGGUCUUACAAAUUAAGAAAAUUUGGAGCUGCAGACAUGGUUGGUCAGAGCUACAAAUGGGAAUUUGAAGUCACUCUGAAAUACAUCCUGGGAUAAUUGUAUUUGACUGGAACCAAAUCUUAUGAAAUCCUGAAGGAUGAAAGUCUGUGCCAAGUCAGUGCUGCUGUCCCACUGGGUCUUCCUGGCCUACGUGUUGAUGGUGUGCUGCAAGCUGAUGUCUGCCUCUAGCCAGCACCUCCGAGGACAUGCAGGCCACCACCACAUCAAGCAAGGCACCUGUGAGGUGGUUGCAGUGCAUCGCUGCUGCAACAAGAACCGCAUUGAAGAGCGCUCACAGACGGUCAAGUGCUCUUGCUUCCCAGGGCAGGUUGCAGGCACAACUCGAGCUCAGCCUUCCUGCGUUGAAGCUUCUAUCGUGAUUCAGAAAUGGUGGUGCCACAUGGACCCGUGCUUGGAAGGAGAGGAUUGCAAAGUGCUGCCCGAUUACUCAGGUUGGUCCUGUAGCAGUGGAAAUAAAGUCAAAACCACAAAGGUAACACGGUAGCAGAGACAGAGCUGUGUUUUAAUCCCGGAGGAAGGGCAUUUGAGCGCUGAGCUCUCUCGUGUGGAUUACCAUCCUUGGUAGAAGAGUGUUGUGGAUUUCAGCAAAUUCACAUUUGUGAUAGGAGUGCGGGGAGGAGUAGCAUCCGCCUGACUGUCCCUCCCCUCUCAGCUUCGUGAUUUGAUUAUACUGGGAUGUAGUCACUGGCUGCCACACAACUGUCGUCUGAUCUGGACUCCAAGGGAACUCACCUCUGAGCUAUCCAGGAGGAACAAAUCAGAGACAUCAAAAUAGAUCACCUGUAAGAGACCAUGUUAUCUUCAGUUUCUCUUGGCCUCUGCAGAGGAUUGUGGACAUAUGAUUUAAAGGAUCCUCAUUUUAUUUCUCUUUUGAAUUUUUCCUUUAACCAUUGUAUUAAAGUGGUUUGAAAGAACUCUAAAUAACAAGAGUUUGGCAAAAGUAUUUGUAGGUGUCAGUGAAUGAACUCCAAUGGACUGGUGAAUAGUAUUUAUUUUAUAAGCCUUGAAGAAAAGAAGGAUACAUUGGGGUUACUGUGUAUGCAUUUAUAUUUUUACUUUUGAUAAUUUAAAACUUUUGCCUUUUAGACUCCAUUGCUAGGUUAGCAGAAAUGAAAUGGGAGCAUUUUAACCUCACUUCCCACUUAACUGAGUUGUAAAAAUGCAUAUCAACUCUAAUAUUUUGCAACCAAAGCUCAAUCCUGGCAUAUUCACACAGAAAAAUAAAACUUUGGGGGAUUUUUAUGGCUUAUGUGUGUCACACAGGUAAAUCAUUUUAAAUAUAAAGUAGUCUGUGUUUAGAUUAAGGGUGAUUUCUUAGAUCCAGUUUAUGCCAACUAUAUAAAACUAUUUUGUUAACUUGUAGACAUGAGUCUUUUCUUCAAAAGCUGAAUUUUUACACUAUAAAUCAUUUCUUCAUAGGUUAACUCCCUAUUUAUUUGUUAGCCAUUUAUUUCUUUAAAUGUAAGUAGAAUCUGAGUCAGUUUUUCUUAUUUUAAUGAUUGCAGCAGACAAGUCUCUGCAUAUAUGCAGAUGCUGUCAUACAGAUACAUGUGAAACAGUUAAGGGAUUAGUCCAGAUUUUAAAAGCAUAAUGUUAUUAAUGUAUAUACUGCUAUAAUAAUAUGGGAAGGGUUUUCUAUAUUAAGAAAUGACACAAAAGAAAACUUUCCACAUUAAUUAUCCCCACCCUGUCACAAUCAGGGGGACAAUGUUAUUUACAGUGGUAACAAUCAUUUGAUUUCAUUCUUGCAAAAUAAAUGGAAAUGGGUUAUAUCCGUUUGUUUGCUAAAUUCUACUUGCAUUUGGCUGGAUGGAUACCUACCAGAAUUGUACUCUCAUAUUAAUAGUAAAAACUUAAUUUUGCUGAUGACAUA